ACAGUGUGGAGAUGUCAGAGAAAGAUUUAGAGACCGCCUUCUCUCAGAUCACCCUGGCCUUCAGCUGUGAUCAGUACACCCUGAAGCAGAGGCUGCAGGCGGAGGAGCAUGCCCGAAACCUGGCUGAGGAGAACGUCCAGCUGGAGCUGAGCAGAGGGAAGGAGACUUUGGAGACACUGAAGGGCCUGUGUCUGGACAGCAAGCGCAGUAAGAUCCUGCAGAAACUGGAGCUGUCUCUGGACAUCCUCGGUGGGACAGUGGAUCGAAUCUCUAACACAGCUGAAGUGCUCGGUGCUGUGCACCAGGAGGCUCGAGUGAGUCGGGCAGUCGAGCUCAUGGUGGCUCAUGUGGAGAAUCUAAGGAGUCGAUAUGACAGAAACGCUGCAGAGCUGGAGGAGGCCAAGAGGACUGUCCAGCAGCCGACCUACUGCAUUAUCGAACCCAGAGCAUCUCCAGAUCCAGACGACAGUGACAACAAAAAGAUAUACGUUCAGCAGACUGGAGGCCGUCGAAGAAUCAGUGCAUCAAUAAUUUCAGGCAGAAGCCAGAAACUUAAAUGA